AUGGCCGCAGACUUCUGGGCUGGCUACAUCAGCGGAGCCAUUGGAAUUAUCAUUGGCAAUCCCCUCGAUGUCAUCAAAGUCCGGCUGCAAGCGGGGAACUCACAUGCAGAUGCAUCAUCUGCGCAUCUGAGCCGCUUGGAAAAAGCAAGCUCUCUUGUUCGAGGUCCGUGUUACACCGAUUCAGCGACACCAAUAACAAUCAAUUUACCAUGGUUAAUAGGCGCGGCUGCUCCGAUCUUAGGCUAUGGGGCUCUCAAUGCUAUUCUCUUUGUUGCAUACAACCGAUCCUUAGCAGCAUUGGACGGGUCCGUGGCGGAUCCCACCAAUCCCAUUCGGGUCUCGCCUUACAAGAUUUGGCUGGCGGGCGCCGCAGGCGGACUGGCUAGCUGGACCAUCUCAUCUCCAACGGAGUUCAUCAAGUGUCGGGCGCAGCUGGAUCGCCGGCCAGAAGUCUCCUCAUGGGCGGUCGCCAAGGAUAUCUUCCGAACGCGCGGUUGGAGGGGUUUAUACUUUGGGGGCGGGAUUACUAGCGCCAGAGAUUCAAUUGGCUAUGGAUUCUAUUUCUGGUCCUACGAACUUUGCAAGCGAUUUGUGACCUCUGAUGAUGAUGGCUCACACCAGGCUGCUGUGAAGAUUCUGCUUUGCGGUGGCAUUGCCGGCAUCGUUACUUGGGGCUCGGUGUUUCCUUUGGAUGUGAUCAAGACACGGCUGCAGGCACAGACAAUUACAGACCAUUCGCCCGGGGCAGCUGAAAGCCAAUCUCUACUACGACCACAGCGCCAGACGCUAAGCUCUUUCCAUAUUGCGAAAGAAACAUAUCGUGCCGAGGGUAUCAAGGCAUUCUAUCGUGGCCUUGGAGUCUGCAGUGUCAGAGCGUUCAUUGUGAAUGCCGUUCAGUGGGCGGCAUAUGAAUGGUUGAUGAAGAGCUUUAGCCAUUCCUGGGACGCACAAGUGAAAGCCCAAGAGGCCAUGACGGGUCCGUAA